GUUCCCAAAACAGAGCAUUGGAUCUCCAGACACAAAGGAGUGGGUGGGCUCUGACAUGCUUGUGGCUUCUGCUUGGCCCCGCCCAUAUCCACCCUCCGAGAUAUAGCUCUCCACUCUGACUGACUUCCCACCUCCAGUCACUGCUGUCCAGGGAAGCUAAGAGUCCCAGUCUCCAGACUUCACACCGUUCUGACCACCCCAGAAACGCCUUGUGUUUGUCUAAACAUGACAGUGACGUAUGAAAACUUCCAGAACUUGGAGAGUGAGGAGAAAAACCAGGAGAAUGGAAAAGGUGGCAGGAAAGGAGGAACAAGGUCUCCUAAGCGCGCGCUAACGCCUCCUCCUCCUCAGUUCUUCCUGUGCAGCGUCCUCUCCUGGACCCACCUGCUCCUGUUCUCUCUGGCCCUCAGCCUCCUGCUGCUGCUGGUUGUCUCUGUGAUUGGAUCCCAAAACUACCAGUUAAGGAGGGACCUAGGUGCCCUGAGAGCCACUUUGGCCAACACCACCUCCAGCACAAAGGCUGAAGUCCAGACCCUGACCUCCAGGGGUGACAGAUUGCAAGAAAAUAUCAGUUCCAUGAACAGGGAGGUGGAGGAUCACAGGAAAGAACUGCUGGCAGGCAGAAGCUUGAGCCAGAAGGUGGCUUCUCUGGAAAGCACAGUGGAGAAAAAGGAGCAGGCGUUAAAAACAGAUCUAUCUGAAAUAAGUGCGCGUGUCCAACAGCUGGGGAAGGACCUGAAUGUCCUGACGUGCCAGCUUGACCGCCUCAAAAACAACGGCUCGGAAUCGUACUGCUGCCCCCGUCACUGGACGGAGCAUGAAGGGAGCUGCUACUGGUUCUCUCAAUCUGAGAAGUCGUGGCCUGAAGCCGACAAGUCCUGCCAGCUGGAGAAUUCUCACCUGGUGGUGGUCAACUCCCUGGAGGAGCAGAAAUUUAUUGAGGACCUCAAGGGCCCUGUGCACUCCUGGAUGGGCCUCACGGACCAGAAUGGGCCCUGGAGAUGGGUGGAUGGGACCGACUUUGACACAGGAUUCAAGAACUGGAAGCCACAGCAGCCGGAUAACUGGCACGGACACGGGUUAGGAGGAGGUGAGGACUGCGCCCACUUCUCUUAUGACGAUGGCCGCUGGAACGACGAUGUUUGCCAGAGGCUUUACCAUUGGAUUUGUGAGAUGGAGCUGGGCAGAGGCAGCUGAGCCCCUUCCGGUGCCUCGGAGCCUC